AUGAACCCCCAGCGCACACGCUUGCGAGGGAGCCGCCUGAGCUCCCGACCUUUCUACACCACCGUUUUCCUCCUGUCGCUGUUCGUCGCAUACUCGUUCCUGAUCCGAACCGGCCGCGGCACAAACCAUAACGGUGUGGACAACGGUCUACUGAGAAAACGGAGCGAGGAACCAGAGUGCAGUGAAGUCCACCAGGCCGCGGACAAGUGCGCUUUCGUAAAGCAGUACUGCGCCGACGACGAUGCCGGCCUCAUUCCCUACCUCACCCUCUACUUCUGCGGCUUCCACGGUGCCAAGCCCGUGGCCCUGAUCAUCCUUGUUGGCUGGCUCGGGCUGCUCUUCACUACUAUCGGCAUUGCAGCGAGUGAUUUCUUCAGUGUCAACCUGAGCACGAUUGCCACCAUCCUGGGACUGAGCGAAAGUCUUGCUGGCGUGACGUUCCUCGCUUUCGGAAAUGGCUCGCCCGACGUCUUCAGCACCUUUGCUGCCAUGGGUUCUAAUAGCGCCAGCAUGGCCGUGGGAGAGCUUGUUGGAGCCGCUUGCUUCAUUACUGGCGUCGUGGCUGGCUCCAUGGCCCUUGUUAGAGAGUUUAGGGUCGAUAAGAAGACGUAUGCGAGAGAUAUCUGUUUCUUCAUCGUGGCCAUCUGCUUCACCAUGUACUUUCUCGCCGACGGCCACCUUAGGUUCUGGGAGUGCUGGGUCAUGAUCGUGUACUACAUCAUCUAUGUCAUCACCGUCGUCGGUCAGCACUGGUGGAUGUCACAGCGCAAACGCCGCCAGCGACGAGAAGGCGAGGCUCGUAGCCAUGUCUACUCGUCAGUGGGGACGUCAAUCGAUGAGCUGGCGGGGGAACCGUACAGAGAUGACCCUGAUGACGUAGACCAGUCUUCCCCAUCGACUCCAGACAUAUCAGCGUUGGAGACUGGACCGAGAAUAGACAUCGACGUCCAUCCUUCCGACUCCGUUGACGAUGAAGAAGCAGAAGAGCAGGCUGAGGAAGACUUCGAGAGGAUGCUAGCAGCAGAGGUGACGAGCAAUAUGCGAGUUUUGCGUACGAGGAAAAGACGAAGCAACACGAUCAACCCGAUUCGCCCAAGUCUGGUGGGUGCUUUGGAGUUCAGAUCCGCCCUGGCACACUUGCAACGGGAGAGUAACCACAGGCUGUCAACUAUUCAUGGGCACGGUCGGAGCCACUCGGAAGCGCAGUUCCGUCGGGCGCGAAGUUACACAGGAGAACCCUCCCUGCGUAGCCCAAACACCAUCUCUGGCCACAGUGCGCUGCAAGGAGCAAGAUCUCGUGCAUUAUCGUCCGGAAAUGCUCCGAACUCGCUGGGUGUGCAACCCCCCCUUUUCGUCCACACAGAGGGAUUCGAAGACUCCCCGGAUCAGCAAACGCACCCAAGCCAAGCGACUCUGAGCCCGGUCCCAGUGUACACCGUUGGUGGGAGCCUAGCUCCGCCACCUGUACCACCUCCUGGAGGUUCUCUCAGUCCUGGCGGGAACAGUGUCGCCAGCGAUGGAACCUCGGCAUUCCCAAGCUUCCCGGGCACUCUGAGCCGCCGUAGCAGUCACAGCAUAUCACCCCCUGGCUCGCCGUUCCCAAUAUAUACUGACUCGCCGGAUGCCCUCUCUCCCGGGACUCGAACGCCGCAUUUGCAUGAACGAUCAGACGCAAUGUUGCCAUCCCCAGGCCUACGCGAUCUUCCCUUUGGCGAUCUUCCUUCCCCAACAGAUCAUCCGCGACCAGUCAGUUGGUGGCCAUACUGGAUGCUUCCUCCGCCACACGUCCUAUUUACAACCUUGUUUCCAACGCUCCAAGGCUGGAGGGAUAAGACCAUUUGGGACAAAUUUGUGAGCACCAUAUCAGUGCCCAGUAUUUUCCUUUUAGUCAUCACAUUGCCUGUCGUGGAGAGUGAAUCAACGGAAGACAGCCUAGUGGCUGAAACUCUAAUGGACAUCGCAAGUGUGCGAGCGACAGAGCCCCCUUCUGGAGUUCCGCCAGUCGUGGUCGAAACAGCGCCCGAGGAUGAAGAUCGUGAGUGGGAGAGGUAUGCCAACAGCAGGCGCAGUCGAGGUCGAAGCAGCAGCUACUUGCCGUCUCGAGACAUCUCUCCCCUUAGAAUAACUUUCCAGAAUGAAGACACUCUGGUUGCUGGACCCAGCACAGAGGGGACCAGGCCCUCAACAUCGCUGAGCGGAAAACCGGCUUCGGAGUUCCCCUCCACGAGUAACGCCAACGACGAGUGCCUAUCGUGGAACCGCUGGUUGGUGUGUGUUCAGAUAUUCACUGGGCCGCUCUUCAGCGUUCUCAUACUUUGGCUGAAUUUCCGUGAAGACAUGGAUUCGCCCGGGAAGGUGGCUGUAAGGAUGGUCUUAUUCACACUGCUUGGAUCUUCAGUGCUUCUCGCUCUUUUGCUGUCUUUCACGUCUGAGGAGACGCGGCCCAAGUAUCACUAUGUCCUCUGUUUCAUGGGGUUCAUCAUCAGCAUCGCCUGGAUCUCAACCAUCGCCGGGGAGGUUGUCGGGGUUUUGAAAACAUUCGGGAUUGUUCUAAACAUAUCGGAAGCGCUUCUAGGCCUUACCAUCUUUGCCGCAGGCAACAGCGUCGGAGAUCUCAUCGCAGACAUCACGGUGGCGCGCCUGGGCUAUCCAGUGAUGGCAUUGGCGGCUUGUUUUGGAGGGCCCAUGCUGAAUAUCCUCCUUGGAAUUGGAAUAGGGGGUGUCAUGAUGAUGAUACGGUCGGCAUCUCUCGACCACAAAAACCACCCUGAUCAGCCCUACCACUAUGGGCCAUAUAAUGUCCAGGUCGGGGCGACUCUUUUCAUCUCGGCCAUCACUCUGCUAGUGACUCUUGUCGGGAUGCUCAUCGUUGUGCCCAUGAACAAGUGGGUUCUGAGUCGCAAGAUCGGAUGGACCCUGAUUGCUCUCUGGGCAGUGAGCACCGUUUUGAACGUUAUCAUUGAGGUAACCGGCGUUUGGGGGCAGCUGGAUUAG